ACGAGGAGAGAUCCUAAUCCUAUUCCUUAUCCUAAUUAAUUGCCAUAGACCAUUAGUAAUUCAUCAUCAUAUUCAUAGCUCAAAUUUGAAACAAAUUCAAGUUUUUCACCCAUGGGAAUAAUAAAAGGUAAGAGGGGAAGAAAACAACAUUAAAGCAGGACUUUUUAGGGUCACCCUACUACCAGUACCACCCCUAUUCUAGUUUGUAGCCAAGUAGACAGCUAGACACUAUUGCAGUAAGACAAGGAGCACAAUCAAUCAAUAAAAAUCAACAAUCCCUCUUUUUUUGACAGUGAAAGAAGAAUGGAAGAACAAAGGCAAAAACAUAACGGCUUGAAUUUUUGUUAAAGAAAUACGAGUACGGACUACUGGAUUAUGGAGGAGAGAGAAAAAGAAAAGGAGGAAUUCCUGGGAUUAAAGUUGAAACAGCGCGGAAGAUUGGUGGGGAAAAGUAGCAGUGCAGGAGGAGGGGUUUGUACUCCUAAACCCACCUGGAAUUUCGAACCCCAAUUUCAACACAAACAACAACAACACCAAGAAGAAGAAGAAGAAGAACAAAAAUCAAAUCUUUCUAACAUUAUUGGUAAAAAUAAUAACUAUAAUUGUGGGACUGGUGGUAGUUCAUCAGUUACAGCUAGACAAUUGGGUGCCAAUUUGUGGGAAGUUUUACCCCAUCUUAAUUCUAUUGCUAAAAUGAGCCGCCAUCAUAGUAGAGGUGGUAGUUGUCUGAAGAAUAAGGGUUUACAGAUUCAUACUGUUGUGGAGGACUCGCUUGAUAAUGCUUCUGAUGAACAGCCUGUAAGUGAGGGAAGCUUCCACAGGAAUAUAGCUGCAUCGCUUUUGCGACACCAUCGAUCUGUGAACAAGAAUGGCCGUGAAAUCCAACCAGUUUCACCAGCAAGUUAUAGCAGUUCUAUGGAGGUAACUCCAUACAAUCCUGCUGAUACUCCUAGUAGUUCUCAAGAUUUCAAGGGGAGAAUGGGUGAUCCAAGUUACAGCCUUAAAACAUCUACAGAGUUGCUCAAAGUUCUUAACCGCAUCUGGUGCCUUGAAGAGCAGCACACGUCAAACAUGUCACGGUCAAAGGCUCUGAAAGCAGAGUUGGAAAAUGCUCGAACAAGAAUUAAAGACUUGCUGCGUGAGAAACAAAAGGACAGGCAAGUAAUGGAUGAACUGAUGAAGCAAGUUUCUGAGCAUAAACAUGCGAAAAGAAACAUGGAGCAAGAUCGAUUACAGUCCGCAUUACAAUCAGUGAGACAAGAACUUGAAGAUGAGAGAAAACUUAGAAAACGGUCUGAGAGUUUGCAUCGCAAGAUGGCCAGAGAGGUUUCUGACAUGAAAUCUUCGUUCCCUAUUGCUUUGAAUGAACUUGAAAGAGAGAGAAGAGCACGGACACUUCUGGAGGACUUAUGCGAUGAGUUUGCUAUGGGAAUAAGAGACUAUGAGCAGGAACUUAGGUCUCAGAAAUACAGGAGUGAGAAGGAACAGGUUCACAGAGGACAAGUUGAUAGCCUUGUUCUUCAUAUUUCAGAGGCUUGGUUGGAUGAACGGGUGCAGAUGAAGCUAGCAGAAGAAAUGCGGAGGGAUAUGGGAGAAAAGUGCAUGAUUGUGGAUAAGCUUAGGCCUGAAAUUGAAACCUUUUUAAAAGCCAGGCAAACUUUAGAUUCAAGAGAAGAAGAUGUUGACUUGCAUAACAAAAGUUCCAAGAGUAGUGGUUUUCGCCGUCAGUCAUUGGAGUCAUUCCCCUUGAAUGAGGCUACGAGCGCUCCUCAGAAUAUUGAUGAUGAGGAUGAUGAUGAUGAUGACUCUAUUGACAGCGAGUCAAACUGUUUCGAGUUGACAAAAAACGUUGGUGGAGAGUAUUCGAAUGAGAUUUACACAAAAAAUGUUUCUAAUUCUUUUGAAGAAACAGAGAAGAAAGAUAGUGCAAAGAAAAAUGUUGAAUGCCAAGAUUUAAGCAGUAACGGCCGCAGUUUAUCUAGUUUGCAAGCACGAUUUGAGAAACGUAUGGCUCGGAUGACCUUUAGUACUGGACACACCUACAACAAUAACCAAGAGGCUAUAACAAGCAAACGAUUUGGAAAUCGGGGAGGAAAUUCGAAGCGUAUUCACGACAAUCUAUUAAGGAAUAAUUCGUCAUCAAUAGAGGGGGAGAGAGUUCAUCCCGAGCCUGAAUUAGAAGACGGUCAUUUCUUGUUAGCAGGUCUUGCUAGUCCGGUGAAGAAUUGGGAGCCGAAUAUCUUUUCAGAAGACCCCGAAAUUUCAUCAGUAUGGCCUAGGAGUUGCAAGGAGAACACGUUGAAGGCUAGACUUCUAGAAGCAAGGUUGGAAGGGCGAAACAUUCAAUCAAAGGGUUCUAAAGGUGCACUAUAAGAAGCAAACUUCUGUUAUCCUCCUACCUGACUGCAAAAUGAUGACUGGUGAUCAAAAUGCAGAUCAACUGCAAAUGGUUAAAUUCCAGUGGAGGAAAUCUGCAUGGAAGAAAAUGUGUACAACUCUUUGGCAAAGAAAGCUUUUGCAUUACUCCACAAACCUUCAUUCUGUGAACAAAUUGCAAAGGGUAAAAGAUUCGAGCAAAUUGCAAAGGGUAAAAGAUUCGAGCAAAGAUUCGAGUUAGAACAGUUUAUGUAAAUUAUUAACAAUAUUGAUUGAUGGGGGUGAGGAGGGAUUUUUAGAUGAAUUCAAUCCUGCAUUUAAUCUAAGAAGCAGCAUCUUCUUUGCAUCACUUAGUAGGGAUCUUUGAACAAUGCCAUGUAAUGCCAAUGAAGUUUUGGUUAUUAUAAGACUGAAGUUCUGUGUA